UGUUGUGUUUUCGGUAUAGUUUUGAAAGUGUUAAAUGUUGGUAAGUGUAACGGUUUUGUGAUCUGUGCAGAAUUGGUUACUGGAAACGGCAGGUGUUGAAGAUUUUUUGGAAAAACUAAAAUCGCGUUACAGCAGCAAUACAAAUGAGUUCCGUAACGUAACGUAACGUUGUGGAUUGUGCACGCCACACUCUGUACGAUGAUGAAUGUCGAUUAUGCAGUGGAUCCACGUACUGAAUUUUGAUUGACAGGGUUGUUGUUUGUGGGUGGGAGAACUCGAAUUUCGCAAUAUAAAAAGAUCUUCGGAUCCGGAGGAAAUCAGUGCACUCAUCCAACUGCAACAGCAACCAACAACAAUCAAAACAAAACAAAACAAAACAAAGCAAGAUGAAAACAAUUGCUCUUUUCGUUCUCGUCGCUUUCGUCGCCGCCUUGACCAACGGACAACCGAGGAGGUCGCAUCCGAAGCAAGCCAUGAUGAUCACCGGAGGUUUCUAUGGAAACGAGAACGGUCCACGUGGCUCGAUGAGCGCCUACGCCUCCCGUGAUAACAGCAGCGAAGAAGAACAGGACGCCGUCGAGGAUGAUCAAGCUGUGGAGACCGAAGCCGCAGCUGAAGAUGAGCAACAGCAGCAACAAGAUGAAGUAUCCACCACUGUUAAGCCGAAGAAGGUUUCCGCCAAGCGUAAGCCAGCUGUUAAGCCACAAGAAGAGGAGGAGGAACAAGUCCAUCACGGAUCUCGCAACGAUUUCCCGGGAUACUCGAGCUUCUUCCCGAUCUACUUCGGUGGUGCUGGAGGCGCCCAGAGGAACGGCGGUGAGGGUUACAGACCAGGAACCGUCGCCAUCGCCAACAGUUACAGCACCGGAAAGGGUGGAAUCGCCAGCAGCCACGCCACCUCCUUCGGAAAUCCCGACAUCGAGGCUCUCCUCAGGCAGUUCAACUCCAGGAGGAACUCGAAAGCCGAUAACUAGAUAAGUUUUCUAUUUGCAACUA